AGAAUCGCUUUAGAAGAAUUGAUUGUGUUUGUUGAUAGUUUUGCUGAGUUCGAAGGUGCUAGGUAAUUACGUCACCCCACUUUCUCACGAUCGUGAGUCUGAAGACUCACCACUGAGAACUUCUUCCAAUCACGCCACGUUAGAAGUCUGACCUUACACAUCUUACAUUAACCGAGUACACGCCCACAUCAAUGCUAAAGCGCGUCAUACCUAUACAUCUUAGAAGACGAGGACCAACAUUGAGCCAGUUACUUGCAGCUCCUACACCAUCAGUCAGAAUGCUGCACUCCGCCUCAACACCAGUACCCACGAACAAUUCAUCAAAGAAAAUCUUCGCCCCAACAAGCAACUCUGAAGACCCCGGCCAUGCAACCCAAUACACCAAAGGCGCUCUCGAUCGCACCGACCUGCUCCCCUCGCCCACCGACCAGUUCCACGCCUGGUUCGAAGAAGCCUCCAAGAGCGGCGUGUACCAGCCCGAAACCGUCACAUUCUCGACCGCCGAGCUGCCCAGCGGCAAGGUAUCCGCGCGCAUGGUGUACAUGAAAGAGCUUGACUCGCGUGGCUUCGUGAUCUACUCCAACUGGGGCACCUCGCGCAAAGCCGCCGAUGUCGCUAGCAACCCCCACGCGGCGCUGACUUUCUGGUGGAGGGAGCUCGAGCGCCAGGUCCGUGUUGAAGGGCGCGUUGAGCGGCUUGCUUCGGAGGAAUCACAGGUUUACUACGAUACGCGGAUUCGGGGGAGCAGGAUCGGCGCGUGGGCGAGUCAGCAGAGUAAGGUGCUGCAGGGGAGGGAGGAGCUUGAGAAGCAGGUCGAAGAUGUAGAGCAGAAAUUCGAGGGGAAGGACAAGAUUCCUGUACCAGAAUUUUGGGGUGGAUUGAGAGUGAUUCCUGAAGUUGUGGAGUUCUGGCAGGGUAGGCCGAGUCGUUUGCACGACCGGUUUCAGUACCAGUGGGUGGAGAAGGAGAGUGGAGAGGGCGAGUGGAAGGUUGAUAGAUUGAGUCCAUAGUAUGCCAAGCGGUGUACAGAGACAAUUUGAACGUGAAAAUGAUA